AUGCAUGAAGAGCUGCACGAUUUCCAGUUCCCAGAUGCACCCAACGAAGCGAUUCCGUAUCUCGAACCGCCAAGAGGGGGCAUGCUAGGCAGUCCAACAUGCAACUAUAUCGCUUCCAAUAAGCGUGAUAUACAGGCACAUUAUCGCAAAAAGAAUGGUUGGGAGAACGAUUGGCAGAAGGGAGGAAAUAUAAAAAAGAAGCUAGAGCAACCCAGAGAGACUCCAUGGAUAGAAGAUGCAUAUUGUCAGCGAUUUUUUAGGCGACGCUGGGCGAGUAGGUGGUUUCAAGUACGCAAAGAUAACGAGUCGGAGGUUCAAACACCCAUCAAUCACGAACCAAGGGAGGAUGUUGUAAAGAGGCUGAUGAGGGUUCACCAAGAACAAGUCGACAAGUUCAACGCUGCCGAAGAGGACGAGAUCAAGGUUGCCGACGAGAAGAAGGAGCCAAGUGCGUGGCUAGAAAGGACAGGCUGGGCAGACCACUUGCAAAAGUUCAAGGCGAAGAAGGAUUUAUUGCCACUGGUUGCCCCAGUACAAGAAGAUGAGCCGGUAUUACAAGUGAUGUGCGAUACGUUCGAUCGAGUGGCCAAUCACGCUAAGGCGGCAGCAGUAUCAAGCAUAGUCGGGCUGGCCGCGCUGUAUCAGAUUGAGCGGAAGGAGAUUCACAUCAAGCCAAGCAAGCCAUUCGAUAAUCGAUUGGAGGAUGAGUCGUGGGCUCAGUGUAAGGCAUACUGGAUGACAAUGCUGCGUAUUUGGCAGCGUAUGGACGGUCGGCAAGAUGAAGAUCGACCGCCAUAUAAGUUGACUAUCCGGCAGGGCAACUUAUGGGAUGAGUUUGAGGAAGCUGCUGAAGCUGUUGUUGCAGGGCAGGCAAGGGAGAAGGGGCUGACUGAUGAGAAGAUGGAGCGGCUAUGCUUGGAUAUGUUGAUCGGUAUGCUGGAUCAUCAGUUCAAACAGAGUCACUAUGACAGUAUUGUGCUCUGCGCACUGGCGAUCAUGGGCAUCAACGAAGACGGCGGUUGGAUAGAGCCGACAGAUUAUACGCCGAAGUAUUCGGGCGUGAUCAAAGUGGCACGUAUGUUGGUAUUGUACCAAUCGUGGCAUGAGCGGGAGGAGGACGUUGCUGAGAAGAUGAGGACUAUGAGUGAAAAUGAAGCUCGGGAGAAGGCAAAGGGAAUGUAUAGGAUCGUACGGGAAAAGUCACAACGGUUUAUAAUUCGAAUCUGCCUUGGCCUUACUUCUGCCUACGGAGAAUGCGGCUAUAAGGUGAACACGGUUUUCUUUCUGGCCAUCACACCGCAUAAGCGUUCGGAUGGGCCGGGCUCCGGUUGUUCUUGCCAAUGA